UUUAAGAAUUGUUUUGAUUGUCAAUGACUUUACAAGGAUACAUUGACGUCUCCUGCAUCGUGAGAAAUAAGCCAUAGGAUACAUUCAUACCACUCAAAUUCAGCCAGUCAGAAUGAUGGGAAGGAUUGCAGAACUGAGUUUCACUCUCACCUGACUGAUGCAGAUUCACUAACCUAAUUGCUCAUGAUGGUUUCUGAGAAAAAAAAAACAGCUUGGUGUAAUUUGACAGUAUUUUUCAGUAUUUGACAGUGGUUCUAUCAUGCAACAGUCAUACCAUGAAGUGUCUCACAGAUUCUCUCUCAAUUCCUGCAAUAUCCAAGAUUACAGUGUAGACACACGAAGUGGUAUGUAACCUUAUGGUAAGAUGUAAACAAAAUAUGCUCUGAUAAAAAUGUAACAAUAUGUAGUAUCCAGCAGUGUGGUGAAAAUGGAUUUUAGUGCAAAUCAAUGAAUUGGAUGAUCAAAUAGGUAAAUAAAAUAUAUCAUGACUUGUCACUUUGUUAAAAUGCGAAACUUUAACAUUGAAAAAACUGAGCGCUGAAAAUUUUGAAAAGUAUACUGUGAGAAAAAAAUAUGGCGACACAAACAUUAAUAAAUGCAGAUGUUGACCUUGAUUUAAAACGCAAACGCAGUGAAACCUCAAGCGUGAGCGAACUAGAUACAAGUAGAACAAAAGGAAUUGAAGCAGAGGGAACAACGAAGGAAAAACAAAAAAAAAAGAAAUCCAAAAAAGCUGAGAUAAAUGAGGAUUCUGACAUGGCUGAUAUAAAAGAAAUAAUGAAACAGUGGAAGCAAAUAAACACUAAAUUAGAACGAUUAGAAAGCAAAAUUGAAAAGGCUGUACUAAAGGGUGAUGGGACAAUAAGAAGCAGCAUUAAGGAUCUUAUGACUGAAAUGAAGGAAGAUCUUUUGAAGUCUGUUACCAACAGAAUUGAGAUUCUUGAAGGGAAAUUGUUUGAAAAGGAAGAAAGUAGUGAAAAGCUUGCACAAAAAGUUACGGCGCUUGAAGAACAGCUAGAAAAGAAUAAAGAAGAAACAUUCAGAGUGAAUAAUCAGUUAGAUUUCGAACGUGAGAAACACAGAAAAUUUGAAAAUGAAAGUGAACAAUAUAGUAGAAUAAACAAUAUAAUAAUCAGAGGUUUACCAGACACAAAUCCUAGGGAGACAGCAGAAGAAACACUUACAAAAGUACAACAAUAUUUACAGGAUAAAGACAUUAUUGAGCUCAAGGCAAGUGAUGUAGACAUGGCACAUAGACUGCCAAACAAGAAGUCACAAAACAGGGAUGUGAUUGUCAAACUAGCUUCAAGAUUCAAUAAAAUGUGUAUUAUGCGAAACCGUAGAAAUCUUCGGGGCACUGGGGUCUUUGUAAACGAUGACUUGACACAGCUGAACUUGCACGUGCUAAUGUGUGUUAAAAAGAAAAUGAUUGACGAAGUGAGUGAAGCAUGGUUCAGUAGAGGAAAGAUUUUCUACAAAAACUCAAAUGGCCAAGUUCAUCUUGUCAAGUAUGAAGACUAUGACCAUUGGAUCGAUUUACCUUGGCCUUUUCAUAAAUAAGAACAAUGUUAACCCCAGUCUGUUUCUUCACCGGCGGAACUUUUUAUUACAAGUAUAGAUUACACCUUCACCUGUAUAGUAACAAAACAACCUGAUACA